AUUUUACAAUCUGGGUAUACCUUCCACAGAGUACCUACAUGCUCUAUAUUAUAAUUAGGACCAAAAGUGCUUUUUGUACCAAAAAAAACAAGCGACCAAAAAAACAGGCGUUUGUUACUCAAGAAGAGCAGAGUCAUUAUUGGUCGUUGAUCGGACUCCUCCUCCUUUGAACGGAGAUCGUCUUCGUUCUUCGGCCUCUGUGCCACCGACCACCAUGUGCUCAUUAGAGAAACGCGGCAACCUAUUCAUAUUGACUCUAACCGGCGACGGCGAGCACCGAUUAAACCCGACUCUGAUUGACUCCAUCCGGGAUGCACUCCGGCAAGCCAGGUCCGAAUGCAGUGGUUUCUCAGCCCUAAUAACGACGGCCCAAGGCAAGUACUUCACAAAUGGCUACGACCUGAAUUGGGCCGGAAGCAAUGUCGGCCGGCAACAGCUGAUGUCAUCCAAGCUCCGUUCUCUCGUUUCCGACCUAAUUACUUUCCCUAUGCCCACGAUCGCCGCCGUCACUGGCCAUGCCUCAGCGAGUGGGUUUAUCUUGGCACUCUGUCAUGAUUAUAUCUUGAUGAGGAAGGACAGGGGAUUCCUUUACAUGAGCGAGAUGGACAUUGGGUUGAAAAUUUCUCUUUGGUUUGGGGCUCUGAUUAAGAGCAAGAUUGGUUCACCGAUGGUCAGGCGGGAGGUUGUUAUGAAAGCAGCUAAGUUGACGGCAGAUAUGGGAGUUGAAAUGGGAAUUGUAGACUCGGCACAUGCUACCGCCGCGGAGACAGUUAGUGCUGCUAUGAAAUUAGGAGAGGAGUUGGUUGAAAGGAAAUGGAAUGGACAUAUUUAUGGCCAAAACAGGAUGACUGUCCUGUAUGAUGUGUUGAGCUCACUAGGAUUUGAUGAGACGGUGGGUGAUUAUGGUGGCGCCAGUAAAAUCUUUUCAAAGUUGUGAGAUUGUCAACUCAAUGCCAAUACCACAGGUUAAUUUGAAGCGAAUUUCUUCAGUAGCCAGAUUGUGAACUACAAAUCGAGGUUCCUUCUUGGUUUAAUGUAUCAUGAUUCACUGUGUUUUUCUGCUUGUAAAAUAUCAUGAAUUUGAAUAUUUUUUGUAUAAUAAUAUCAUGAGUUGAGUGUUUAAGUUUUGUCCUGUGUAGAAUUUCAGCUGGGUACAUUAGACAAUAGGCAGUACUUUUCUAUGCUCUUUUCAUUUUUCGGUAUUGUUUGCUUGCACUUCAUUUUGGUGACGGGUAAUGGAUGGUAUCAUAAUGCACAUAUAAUAGUAUGCACAUGAUUGCACACUGGUUGUAUUUGCUAAUUUGUAGCGGUGUCCUAAACCUUCAUGUAUCAUCUCUUAGAAGCUCUUUUCUCCCAUGUAUAUCUCUGUUAUAUAUAGUGUGCUAAAACUGAUAAGGGGGAAAUUUUAAUGCUGAAGACAUUUGAUAAAACUGAUGGAGCUGAUAUAGCUAUUCAUGAAGUUCCUUUGAUCAUGAAGUUCUCUGCUGAAAGUGGCACCUCCAGUAUUAUCAAGCUUUUGAAAUGAUUACAAACUAUUUUGAUUGGGGUUCUAGGGAAAUGCUAGUUGUUGCACUUCCUAUUGUUUGCAUUGAGUAGCAACAGUGGCUUGAUUAAUGGGCUCAAGCAGAAAGGGGAACGGAUACCCUGGUGCCUUUGAGAAAAGGAAAGAGACUUAAACGAAGAGUAAGUUCCCAGUUUAUAGUGUGUUUCCGACUAUGUUGAGGUACUUCUAGCGUCUAGGUUACAUCAAACCAUUGGGAGGUACAUGAGUUGCUAUGUCUCUAUUAUUCCAUAUUCUUGCUGGAUAAUUUUGAACUGGGUGACUCGAGUUAAAUGAAGUAGGAAGCAGAUGAUAUGGCGAAACUUUGUACUGAAAUAAUUGGCUGAAUUCUGUCCGGGUCGUAGUCAGAAAAGAGAUCUAAAAGAAGGUGUAUCAAAUGCUGAACACAUCGAGUGCAGACCUAAGUUUGUGAAAGAUCACGACAUCUAAUCUUUCUUUAGAAUAUAAUACCAUUUACGUAGUGCAGAACAUUAAUAAGGAAGCUGAACAUCUGUCUGUGGUUGAAGAUCUUGUUUAAUUUUUAUAAAACGUAAUGGCAACAGAGUGCUGUUGAGCUAGCAUCUCUUAGUUUGGUCAGACAUCAUUUUUGGUUUUUGAUUUUUUCAAAGUCUGGUGGACUAUACUGGUUGGAUGAAGUAUUGUGGCUUUUUCAAGGUAAGAUAGUGUCCCUGAUAGCUCAGCUGGAGGUGGUUAAGAAAGCAGCUAUGCUGAUUGCCAAUAUGACAGUGGAAAGGGGAACUGUGGACAUGGUACAUGGUAGCAUGGAGGAGACAGUGAUGCUUUGAAAUUUUGGGAGGACUUGGGUGGAAGGAAAGGGGAUCGACUGUCCAAGCCUCCAUGGUGAAAACAGGAUGAAUGUUUUACACAAUGUUUUGAGGGCGGGAUUUGAUGAGAAAAUAUGCAAUUAUGGUGGUGGCACCAAAAUGUUGGAAGUUAUGAAUUUCUGACCUAAAAGAGAACUCCAGUCACACCGGUGAGUUAAAUUAGCCCUACUAGCAUGUUGGGGACUUCUUCCUAGUUUUCGAGCCUCUCAAAAUGCUUAGAAAGGCUAGUUUUAGCAUAUGAAUUUUUGAGGGUUCCUUCUAGGUUUAACCUGUUCUCAUUCACCCAGCGUUAUGUUCUCUCUGCCGAAGAAAAUAGUCCACAGAUUUGUACUAAUUUUAGUACAAAUCGGAGACUAUCUUUCUGGAACGGAGAGAGUAUCAUUUAUCUGAAGUUUAUAUUUUAUCCUGGGAAAUUAAACUAGACAAAAACUUAUUUUGUUAUGGAUCCUCUCAAACUUCUUAAAUAUAAGAAGCUUAUAAUUGACGAUUGACUGUAUCAGUUUCUAAAACAGAUCCUGAUGCCAAGGUUUGAUUUUUUUUUUAAUUAUUUUUUUUUUU